GAAAGUGCGAGAGCGGAAGUGAAGACUCUGCCUCUUCCUGUGAGAGGGACAAUAGACCGGAGCGGAGGCGGCGAGGUUCAAUGUUGGGAUCUGAGAAGUGAUCGGCAACCAUGUCAAAGCGCCCGUCAUAUGCUCCGCCGCCUGCCCCGGCACCCGCAACACAAAUGCCCAGCACACCAGGGUUUGUGGGAUACAAUCCAUACAGUCAUCUUGCCUACAACAACUACAGGCUGGGAGGGAACCCAGGCAGCAACAGCAGGGUAACGGCUUCAUCAGGGAUUACUAUCCCAAAGCCCCCAAAACCUCCAGAUAAGCCACUGAUGCCGUACAUGAGAUACAGCAGGAAGGUCUGGGACCAAGUGAAGGCUUCCAACCCUGACCUUAAGUUGUGGGAGAUUGGCAAGAUCAUUGGUGGGAUGUGGCGUGACCUAACCGAUGAGGAGAAGCAAGAGUACUUGAACGAAUAUGAAGCUGAAAAGAUUGAGUACAAUGAAUCUAUGAAGACCUACCACAACUCUCCUGCUUAUCUCGCUUAUAUCAAUGCCAAAAGCAGAGCUGAAGCGGCCCUGGAAGAAGAAAGCCGCCAGCGCCAGUCCCGCAUUGAUAAGGGAGAGCCUUACAUGAGCAUCCAGCCUGCAGAGGAUCCUGAUGACUAUGAUGAUGGCUUUUCCAUGAAGCAUACGGCAGCAGCACGUUUCCAGAGGAAUCACCGCUUAAUUAGUGAGAUCUUGAGUGAGAGCGUGGUGCCAGACGUGAGAUCCGUGGUUACCACGGCCAGAAUGCAGGUCCUUAAAAGACAAGUCCAGUCUCUUAUGGUUCACCAGCGCAAAUUGGAGGCUGAGCUGUUACAAAUUGAAGAUCGUCACCAGGAAAAGAAGAGAAAGUUCUUAGAAAGUACUGAAGCCUUCAACAAUGAGCUAAAACGGCUAUGCAGCCUGAAAGUAGAAGUGGAUAUGGAUAAAAUUGCAGCAGAAAUAGCUCAAGCAGAAGAACAGGCUCGAAAACGUCAGGAAGAACGAGAGAAAGAAGCAGCAGAACAAGCUGAACGCAAUCAGAACGCUGCAGCAGCUGCUGCCGCCGCUGCUGCUGCUGCUGCUGCUGCUGCUGUUGAGGAGGAGCUGGAAGAAGUGAAGAAUGAAGAGAAGAAUGGAGAGGAGGAGGUGGCAAUGGAGACAGAGGACACCCCUUCUUUGCCACCACCAGAGGAGACCAGUGAAAGCCAACAGAAUGGAGAAGAAGGAAUAUCUACCCCCGAUGACAAGGAAAGCGGACAAGAGGCAGUGGAUAGCACACUGGAUGAGGGAACAAGUGACAGCAACACUGGGUCUGAGAGUAACAGUGGAACCGUAGAAGAACCCACCACAGAUCAAGCCACAGAGGAAACGGACCGCAAAGAUUGAUCUCAUUGUGCUAAGGGUUACGAGGGUUAUUUUCUUGUCACUCAUAGGUUUUGUCAGGAAAGAUGUUUCAGAUCAUUCCUACAUUAUAAUCCCACCGUAUUGCUGCUUCUCGACAACUGUCUAUGUGGAGCACUUGUCAACACUACCUUAUCUGUUAUGGUCAGUUCUGGUGGUGGAUGGGCAUUUGCGCCAUAGAAAUGGUGUCUUGUAGCAUUCUAGCUUGAGGACACAAGUCUUGCUGACUGUCCUCAGUGUACUGUAACCAGACAGUGGGAUUAGAUAGUGUCCUUACAGUGGGUAUGGACUAGCUUCAGUACUGAUUCAGUAAUGCAGCCAUGUUCAAGUUCUGUGCUUUUUUAAUUCUUCAAUCUAAACUUAAUUUUAAUGUUCCCCACCAUGCUGCAGCUUUGUAGCUGAUAUGGCGUAAACACAGUUGUUAGCUGUGUUAUAAAAUCUAAUGUAUUAAUUGAUAUUUUUUAGUACUUUUUUUUUUUCUUUUCUUUUUUAUGCAACCAAAAUGAAAUAAAGAAGAAUUAAAUACUA